CUGGCCGUGAAUCGACCAGUCAUCACCCUCACAACCGACUUUGGCACUCGCGAUCCCUAUGUCGGUGCGAUGAAGGGAGUGAUUCUGAGCCGGUGUCCACAGGCAAAUAUCGUCGAUAUCUCCCACGAAAUCAGCCAAGCAGCUAUAUCCUACAGGGCAGACUCACACACACCCCACCCCACCACCACCUACGUUCUCGCAUCUGCGGCAACGCACUUCCCACCUGAUGCGAUUCACGUAGCAGUGGUAGAUCCGGGAGUAGGGUCAGAUCGAAGAUCUAUAGCUGUCCACACCCCGUCCGGCACCUUCGUUGGCCCCGACAACGGACUUAUCUCCCUUGCGAUCUGCGAGUAUAUCCAGACUCCGGCCAAGCCCAAUGAUGAUAUUGACGGCGCGAACCUGUCCGGCGGGACAGUAGUCCACAUCGACAGGUACGGAAACCUGAUUACUAACAUUCCGGCCGAUUCAGUUCCAGUUGGAUCAGCAUUUGAGGUGGCGGGACAAAGGAUCGAGGGGCUUAGUGCCUCGUACUCGGAAGCCGUCGGGAAGCUCUUGGCGAUAAUCGGAAGCGAGGGAACCGUCGAGAUAGCAGUCGGCAACGGAAAUGCGGCGAGGACGCUGAAUUCUACCAUCGGUGAUAGGGUCGCCAUACUGACUGAAUCGCCCUGA